AAUUCCAAUCGCGUCCCCACCCCAACCCAAACCAAAAAAAUAAACGUUCGUCCUACCCCUCAGAAGUGCCGAAGUAGCUAGCUUUGACCCUGUCCCGCAACCAGAGUCCUCUAUUCCUCUCCAGUCUUCAACUCCUUGCUGGGUUUUGCUCCAAAAGGGUGGAGCGGAGAUAUAGAAAGAAAGUAUAAGCUUGAGACGAAGGUUGAAAAUGAGCAGCGGGGCUUUGCAAGUUGCUAAGGUGUACCGCCAGCUUCUCAAAGCCGUGAAGAAACACGUUGCGAAAGAAGAGAAUAAGAGGCAUUUUAUAAAGUACGCAACUGAAGAAUUUAGGAACAACUGCAAACUGUCAGACCCAUCUUCUAUUCAGCAUAAGAUUAAGCUUGCUGAGAACUACACUUUACUUCUUAACAGUGUGCAUCAUCACAAGGAAUUGCUGUUCUCUUACAACAUUGCUGUGGAUAGAUCAGAUGAGAUGAAGAGAGUGCUCGGAAAAUCGGCUGCAAGUGUGGGUCUUCAACUUCCUGAGGUGUAUCAACCUUGACAUUUGCUUGGGUCCAUAUGCUCCAUCCUAUAUCCUCAGGAAUUUUGGUGUUCUAUUCAUAAAUAAUUAAAAUGUUAUUUGUUUGCUGCCAACCUAUCGAACCAAACAAUUUGUUUGAGAGGUUAUUUGUUCUAACAAAAAUAAGUUCUGCUGCAGCAGUUGAAUCAA